AUGCUACCUGCCAAUCCUGUCAGGUUCUCUAUGGCUCGAGCCGCCGACCCACCAGGCAAACGUACGGUUGGAAUCAUCACCAAGUGCGACGCCGUGGAAGAGGGUGACGAAGCAGGAGUCCUCCGCAUCGCCAAAAACGAAGUCGAGAAACUCACACACGGCUGGUUCGCAGUGAAGAACCGAUCUACUCAAGAGAUCAAAGAGGGCAUCACAGUCGAGGGUAGACACAGGAAGGAGAGGGAGUUUUUCUCUACCGCUGCUCCUUGGACUGAGCUCCCGAAGGAUCGAGUUGGGAUUCACGCGCUGAAGAAAUUCCUUGGUGGAUUGCUCUAUGAUCACAUCAGGAUCGAAUUCCCCAAUGUUGUCAAAGACAUUGAGGCUUCGCUGGCAGCCACCGAGAAAGACCUUGAGCUUCUCGGCCCAUCACGCCAGACUGCGAUUGAUCAGCGACGCUUCCUUGCACGCACGGCCAACAUGUACCAGCGCGCAGUUGACGAUGCAUUGAGUGGAAGCUACAGCCCGGAUCUUUCGUCUGAUAGCGCUUUAAAGCUACGAAUGCACGUUCGAGAGCUGGGUGACAGUUUCUCAAAGGCCCUCACAAAAAGUGGCCAUUCCAAGGUGUUCUGUACCCCCAGUGGAGAGCUCGACCCCGAUUACACCAGACCAGGAAAGGAAAUCCGAAAGUCCAAAGUACAGUUGGACAGCGAAGAGGAUAUCACGACCUGGAUCCGUCGAGCAUAUCGUGAGUCUCGUGGAACCGAACUACCUGGGACCGUCAACCCACGGGUUCUCGAACGCCUCUUCCGCCAGCAGUCAAGCCCCUGGAGUGGUAUUGCCCUCAUCUACAUUGGAAGAGUUAGUGAUGCUGUCAAAGCAUUCAAUCGGGACACUCUGGCUGCAAUAAUCCGCGAUCAGGACGUGAGGGAACGGCUCAUCUCUCGCCUGCAGCGUGGGCAAGACGCCACCCACGCCAAGGCGAAGAAGGAAUUCGAAGAGAUGCUCAAUGAUGAAAGAGGCGGCAUAUUACAGACGGUCAAUCACUAUUACGCCGAAACCCUCACUGCAAUUCGAGACGAGCGAGUGCGCGCCCGGCUGCAGGGACUGGGACUCGGCGACACAACCUACGGAUCCGUCAAUCUCACCCAGGUGAUGCAGCGCAUCCACCUCAGCAACGAGGACCAAGCGGUGAAUGAUAUUCAUGAUAUCCUCAAGGCCUACUACAAGGUUGCACUUAAGAGGUUCGCUGACAAUGUGGUCAUUCAAAUUGUUGAGCGCCAUAUCUUGGGCCGCGAUGGUCCUGUCAGAGUGCUAUGCUCGGACAUGGUUAAUGACCUCGAUGACGCUGAGCUGUUGGACAUUGCUGGCGAGAAGUUCCUGACCUCGAGUUUGCGCAAUGAGUUGAUCGGGAAGUUUGAACGCUUCCAGUCUGCUCUUGAGAUCGCAAAGCAGGCUGGUAUCUAA